AUGGCCGCCGAUAUCGAAGGCAUGUUUCAUAAUGUGCGUGUGCCUACAUCUGAUCAGGACUCUCUUCGCUUCCUCUGGAAAGACCAUUUAGAAUCGCCAGACCCACCUUCUGAAUACCAAAUGUGCGUCCAUAUAUUUGGAGCAAAGUGCUCUCCAUGUUGUGCUAGUUAUGCUCUGAAACGUGUAGCUAUUGACAACUUAGAGUACAGUCGUUUAGCUAGGGAAACAAUUCUCAGACAAUACUACGUUGAUGAUAUGCUUAGAGGGUUUGAUGGUACCCCUCUGGAAGCUACAUCACUAGCGUUGGAAUUGAUCGACUUGAAUAGCAGGGGUGGCUUCAAACUUACCAAAUGGGCCUCCAAUUGCCCAGAGUUGUUAGAGGCUGUAGCAAGUGUAGAUGGUAUCAAAACCCAUUUGAAAUUAGAUUUAGAUGGUAGUGUGAUUACUCGAACUCUAGGAAUCGCCUGUGAUUUGACGCAUGAUAUUUUCAUAUUUGACACUGUGAGCUUACCAACUGUGGAAACCCUGACUAAGCGUAUCCUACUGAGUAUAGUCAGUACAGUAUUUGACCCAUUAGGUUUUCUAGCCCCUUUCAUUGUGAGAGCAAAGAUUCUUUUACAGAGUCUAUGGGAGAAGGGUCUCAAUUGGGAUGAUCCCAUUCCCCCUAGAUGA